ACCAAGUAUACUUCCAAGUUUAAUUUUUAUAAACCGGUGGGCAAAUUUAGUACUGAGACUUGGUAGUAAACUUCCAGUAUAAUUUUUAAGCAUACUUGGUAUAUACUUUUUCAUACUUAAGUAUACUUUAAAAAUUAAACUUGCAGUAUUCUUAUUUUUGGUAAGGGACUAAUUACUUGUUAAACUAAAGGAAGAUUGACUAAAUUCAUUAAUUUAGCAGCAUAAUUUAGGUCACGUGUAUUAGAAUGUUCUCUUCAAAUAGUAAUAUCACCAAAAAUAUAAACAGUUUUUUAAAUUCCUUUUUUUUUUUUUUAGUUUUUUUAGACUGAGUUACGUAUGAGUUUUAUUUUGAAGAUUACAUCCGGAGCUUCCGGUGUCAGAGUCUGGAGCAGAGCCGCUACAAGCAGCAGCGCAGCCCCGUCGGGAGGUGUCCGCUCCGGGGAACAGCCGCCGCGGGCGCCGCUAUCCUCUCAUCCGGAGCUCGCUGCGCUGUUGCCGGUCUGCCAGCAUGCUGUCAGCGGCGGUGUGAGCCCUCCGCCCCGCGGUAGCGUAGCGUCUGACGCCGCAGAGGUCCGGGAGCCGAGCCAUGCGACAGUGGUGCGUCCCCACCGCGACCCCGCGGGCUGAGCCGAUCCCGGGGCGGCUGUCCGUGUCGCCCCCUCCGUCAGAUCCCAGAGCGGAGGGCUGUGAGGCGGAGCCUCGCUACACCAUCGAGCAGAUCGACCUCCUGCAGCGCCUCCGCCUCUCCGGCAUGACCAAGCCUCAGAUCAUCCACGCCCUGGAGUCCUUGGAGAGGCUGGACCCCGACCACCGCCUGCCGCACGGUGACUCCCGGACCGCCGCCGCCCCCUCGUCCAACAACACGGCCGCCCCCGCCCCGUCCUCCUCAUCCUCCUCCUCCUCAUCCUCCUCCUCGCUGUCUCUGGCCUCGGCCACCACGCAGACCUGCGGCCUGGACGGAGCGGCGCUGUCUCCCAGCAACAGCUACGAGGCCUCCCCGCCGCCGCUCUACCCUCCCGGCACGGCGGUUCAGCGGUCGUUCAGCUAUGACACCAUGGGGGAGGAGGAGUGGGACCUGGAGGAGAAGGUGGAGGAGUACAUGAGGAGAGACAGCAACUUGGUGAAGGAAGAGAUCAAGAGUUUCCUGAACAACCGCCGGAUCUCUCAGGCAAUCGUAGGCCAAGUCACAGGAAUCAGCCAGAGCUACAUCUCCCAGUGGCUUCUGCAGCAAGGCCUGGAGAUGAGCGACUCCAAGCGCCGCGCCUUCUACCGCUGGUACCUGCUGGAGAGGACCAACCCAGGGCUGAGGUGGACUGAAAGCCAGCACAGUGUGAGUCCCGCGCCCAGAGCCCGGGGAGGGGACAGAGACGGGAUGCUAACGGGGGCAGGUGGCCGCCUCCUCAACCUCCUCCCAAACUGCAGCCUCAACUCCUCGUGGAGCAGGCAGAGAGAGCUUCUGAUGCGCUUGCUGCCGUGGUACACUGCUGCCGCCGCAGCCACUCGGGCCCUGCCAGGUGCCACCCUGUCCAUGCGCUCCUUGGUGAAGGAGGAACCGGACUGGAGGGUGGGGAUCUUGAGCGGGGACCGAGCGGGCGUGGUGGGCGGGCCCCUGAGGCUGCGCAGAGGGAGCCGGUUCACCUGGAGGAAGGAAUGUCAGUCGAUCAUGGAAAGCUUCUUCAUGGAGAAUCAGUACCCCGAUGAAGCCAAGCGGGAGGAGAUCGCCAACGCCUGCAACUCUGUCAUCCAGAAACCCGGCUGCAAGCUGUCAGAGUUUGAGCGCGUCACGGCGCUGAAGGUCUACAACUGGUUUGCUAACCGCCGGAAGGAGAUGAAGAGGAGAGCAAACAUAGCUGCCAUCCUGGAAAGCCAUGGAAUCGAGGUGCCGAGCCCGAGCUGCCACUCCAACGGCGAGGAGGGCGAGCUGCAGGAGUACGCCGAUCAGGUGACCCACGCGUUCUCCGAGCAGGAGGACUCGUCUUCCCAGCGGGACCAGCAGGACCCCCCCUCGCUGCCCCCCCCUCAGAGCCCCAGCUCUCAGGUCACAGAACAAAAGGAGGAGGAAUCCAAAAAGGAGGCGGUGGACGAGCAGUGACCGCCGCGGCCCCACUCCUGACUUUCACUUUCAAGCUGAUCAAUAGGAAAGCUAGCUGCCCCCCCCCAUCGGUAGGACCUUUCAGGCUGCCCAAAUAUCCCAGGGAGGGGGGCCAUGACACUUGCUGAAGUGCCUCAGACGGUAAGGAGGGCACUGUAUUUAUCCACAGUUAUCCUGCUUCUAUUAACAGUCAUAUACAGCGUAUGUAUACAGAUAUAUAACCACAGCGUAGCCAGAUAUACUCUGCAGUCCAAGCAGGUGCUUUCAUUCAGCACAGGUGUCCACCUCACCUGAGCGUGCUGAGCCUGCAGGUCAGGUGUGAGGGCGGGCAGCACGACACCCCAACAUCCUGUUUAGACCCCCGAGUGCCCCGGAUCACAGGUCUGACCCCAGUCAUGUCGCCCGAUUACGCCUGUCAGUCAGUCCACGUGGGCUGUUGACAUGGAAACCAUGAGGCCAGGAAUUCCUCUUUACCACAGUGUGUGAGAACGAAUGUGCAUGUGUGUGUUUACAUGUUUGUGUGCAAUUGAGUGUAUUUACACAUGCAUGUUGGUGUACAUGUGUGUGUGUGACCAAGACAUUUUAAAAACUAGAUAUGUAGCAUUACCGGAGAUAAUGCUAGUGUGAAUGCUGUAAGCUGAAUUUGGCCACUGAAGAUGCUGAAAUUGAUAGGUAAAAAUG